UGACAAGCACCGUUAUCCCGCCAUGUUUUUCCGGGUUUUGUUUUCUAUUCCUUAUUCGCAUCGGAGUUUUCAGUUCGCAUAGGUGAAGAUUUUUAUAAGUGAAGAACUGAAGAAAACUAGGAAAAGAUGGACGAGACUUUGGCUGUCGAGGAGAACAUCUUCGUGGUGAAUCCUAAUUUGGAAAAGGAUCACUUGCAAUCUGACGUCGAGCGCCUGGCGAAGACCCAUUGGCUAAAAGACUAUGCACGUGACAUAUUUUUGACCAUGAAGGAGCAGGAGAUGCGCCGCUUGCCGCUAUUUUUCCUGUCUCCCCAAUUGGAUGAACGCUACAAGAUGCUGCAGUUGCUCCAACUAGUGACUGGCACCUACAAACUAAGUCGAUGUGCACUGCACCUGGCCGCUUACUACCUGGAUCGCUUUAUGGACCGCUACAAAAUCCGGCAGGACAAGCUGCAACUCGUUGCGAUCACGAGUCUCCAUAUUGCAGCUCAGAUCGAGAACACAGACGCGUUCAUCCCGCGCUACAGCGAAAUGAACCGUCUGGUCAAGAAUGCCUACACCGGAUUUGAAUACAAGGCCGUGGAGAGGAAGCUCCUGUGCUUCCUUGACUUCGAGCUGGUGCGUCCCACAAUUGCCAGCUUUGUGGAGCUGUUCGCCUGCAGCUUCCUCACUCGCUCCGACUUUGCGGCCUACUCCGAGAUGCUGAAUGACAUCGAAAGGGAGCAUAACUUUCUGCCCUAUCAGCGAUACGGAAGCUUUGAGCAAAUGCUGGCCGUCUUGGCACAGCUGCUGCUCCGCAUGGCAGACUUCACAUUGACCAUCACCACAUUCGCCAGGGAACCCCCCUCUUUGCUGGCCGCCGUCUGCAUUGCGGCUGUUCGCCAGGUCAGCGGGGUCAGGCGCUGGUCGCAGUACCUCGUCGGACUGACCUCCUACACAGACGCCCACGUCGAGCCCUUCAUUGACGUGCUGUCCGGCUACCCUUUCUACCAGUCACUCCAGCCCGUUUGCGAACUUCCGUCUAAUCAGAGCAACGAGAGUCUGUCUAGUCCCGAUUCCGGCUUCGAGGAAUCUCUCAACGAACGCACAGGCCUGGUGGUGUCCAACGAAGUGGUCACGCUGGGGGUGGGUGCCUACAACAUCAUUACAGUGCAGCUGCAGGAAGCUGCUCCGGUUUCGACCAAAGCGGUUUCCGAGCUUCAGCCGACUCUCAAGCGUCAGCGCCUCGAAGAUGAUCCGGAAAAUGGACCGCCUCUAAAGCAAACCAAAGAUAAGUAAUGUAAAGCAUAGGCGAACCAAUAUCAUUUGGCGCAACGCCAAAUAGUUUUCCGGUUCCCAUACCUCAAUAGCGUGGAUAUGACCCUGUUCAAUUGAUUUGAACCGCCGCCAUAUCGUAAUCGUUAUAUUCUUUAAUAUAUACGUGUUUAAUAUAUACUUGAAAUUACCUUAUAAACUUAUGAAUACAAAAUGUCAAAAACUCAACAAAAAUGAGGCGUUAUCAACUAAAACAAUAAAGACGUUAUUUAUAAUUUUCUACAAAAACAA